CCGUCAGAUAACCGGUGGCACCUUUAGUUCAGUUGUCCGGGAAACCCGCCAUGUUCGAGCACCGCUUUUAAAACACUUACCGUGUAGGAGUAUGUUUGGUUAUAUGUCUGAGCCCUGACGCGUUUAUCGUAGGGAGACAGAUGACAAGCUAAGAGAGUUUGGACAACAAGUAGCUAGUUAGCUUGUGCGGUGCCGUCUCUACAACGCUGUUUAGGGGGACGUUAGCUAAACUCCAACAUGACCCAACAAGCUGCUGCGCUGCAGACGUACAACAAUGAACUUGUCAAAUGUAUAGAGGACCUGCACACCAAGAGGGAGGAGUUGAACCGUCAGAUCAAGCUGGAGGAAGAGGAGAAGGAUCGGCUGCAGCACGACAUCAGAGUCCUCUCAGAGAAGCUGAGUCGAGUCAACGAGAGCCUGACGCAAAGGCUCGCUGCCCGCGCCACUUUUGAUCGCACCAUCGCAGAGACAGAAGCUGCCUACACUAAGAUCUUGGAGAGCUCGCAGUCUCUUCUGAGCGUCCUGAAGCAGGAGGCAGGAAACCUCAGUAAAGCCACAGAGCCCCGGAGGAAGGAGCACUAAUGGCAGUAAAAGGUCACUGAACUCUCAUUUUGACCACAAUGCUGCAUUUGACUCUGCACUUCACAAUUUAUUCUCCAUGCUGGACUAUUUGUAAUAUAUUUGAUUUACUGUAAGUUCCUUAUUCUAAUAAAUGUGUUUAUCACCCCCA